AUGAUCGCAAUAGCAGUCAUCUUCAUUUGCCUCUAUCUGAAAUGUAGAAGCAAACAUGGACAAAGGUCACGACCAGAUAAGUCAUCAGAGCAAAAGAAACAUACAUUUAGUUUUCCUUCGUUUGCAUUUGUUGCGAAACUCUGCAAGAAGAGCAGCGAACCUAAAGAACCACAAAACACAGCCGUGUCCCCCAGGAGUUUGAAUUCUAAAGUAGAUAUAGAUCAACUUGAGCAUCGGCGUUAUCCUCGCUGGAUACUCAGCCACACUAGUACACCACCUCUAGGUACCGUGUCGCCUUCGAAACAAAGACGACAUCUUGAAGAAAGUUCCUCAAAAGAAUCUCAAAAGAGCAAUUUGGGGCGUCCUUCCGAAUCAGCUGAUGACGGCCAAGCGUCAAAAAGCACAGGCUUAGUAACACGGAUGUCGUCAGUUGAAAAUCGUCAGCACAAGGACUUUGAAACUCAAAUGAAGCAACGGUACAGACCUAUAGUAUUACUGGAUUUGGAACAAGAAUCUGGACCGAAAACAUUAAAACAAGAUUUGAAACACGAAUCAAUGCGUGGAAACACGGCUCAAGGCGAGACAGAUCCAUAUGAUAAAACGCACGAAUACGAAAUAACGGGAUAUAUAGUUUCUAAAGAAGACACCCCUAAACCCUCACAAAGCUUAACCAAAGUUCCAUCAGUCAAUAUAAAUUAUAACACAAAUUUGCUUACAACAGAAAUCAUAACUGCCCCGACACAGAAAGGGUUACCGACUAGCAAAACGUUUAGUCCUCUAUUUCCUCUUGGUUUAAAUCCAUCCGCAUCGCCUUAUUCUUCGCUACCAGUUUCAUAUUCCGUUUCACCAAGCGUUGACUUAGAUAUGGAGACAGACACUACUAUCGAUUCGCCAAAGCCAACCCUCCAGCCUCUUUCAAGAGAACUAUCAAAACACACAAUACAUUCGAGGGUAGAAACAGUUAACAGUACAACGUCAGCUACAGGCAUACGUAUUGAGAAUUUAGAGUCGUUGAGAAAACCGUCAAUAACUCCGGUAUCAGUGCCAGAUAAUCCAUUUGAAAAGACACCAGCUACGUCAAAAGAAAUGCAUAGUCUUCCAGAUAACCAUUCGAUCAUUAAAGGCUUCUUUCGCAAUAAAGAAAAAAGGUAUUCUUCUACAUUUCUGAAUGUAAAAUCAACCAUAGGCGACUCCCCUACUACCAUCAAUUCAAAAGAGGUAAAAGAACGAAAACUGGUAACGCCUAUGAAAUUAAGGAAUUCUUCUAGAAAACUGUCUGGUAAACGUCGACGUGCUUCAAAGGGGAAGAAAAAAACGGGCAAGAAUGCACUUAAACUUUUGGAACGGUGUCAAAACUUACAUAAAACCCCAAACAAACUGGGUGAGUUUUAUAAUGACAAUAUUCCAAUGUUGACUCCUCAUAUGGAGGCAAAAAAGAUUGAUUUAGAUGGAUCAAUUAGUGGCAUUGCGUAUGAUGACGAUAAUCUCAAAGCUAGGCAGAUGCAAAAUACACCAUUAAAUGGCGACGAUGAAAGAAGAAGUACAAAGUCAGUAACCUUUAGACCAACGUCUUCAGAGUUAAGAAACUAUCCGAGGAAAACGCCUUUUCAAAACUCAUCUCCAUUAGGACAUGCAAACAGUCCACAUGCUUGGAAAUCACCGCAUUCGCUCUCAAAAGAUAAAAUUGAAAAUGGUUGCGAGUACUUUUUGGAAAACGAAUCGGCAGUCAUUGUACUAAACGUUAAAAAGAAAGGACCGGUAGGUGAAGAACGAGUAAGGAGUGUGCGCGAAGACUUACCGAGUGUUUAUGAAGAGUGUGAAGAAGAUGAAGAAGAGGCUGGAAACGAAAAAGAUGAUUUGGAGGAUGAGGAUGAAGAGAAUGAUGAUGAACAAGGAAAUGAUGACGGAGAAGCAGACGAGGAUGAGCAUGACGAGGACGACGAAGAUGAUGAUGAUGAAGAGGACGACGAAGAUGAUGACGACGAGGACGACGAUGACGAAGAUCAGGAUACUGACGAAAGUGACAAUAAGGAAGAUGUUGCAAAAGAAUUUCACGGAAAAAAGUUUAUGACAGCUAUGAAAAUAACGUAUGGUGAUGUUAAUGGUCACGAUUCUGACCCAGAUAGGAUGAUAAUGACAAAAUACGGAGAAGAUUUUGAAACACAAGAGAUAUAAAUUAUUGCGUAGUUUUGUCAGUCCUUACGUUUCGAUUGUUGAUAUUAAUAUGUCGUACCAUGUUUUCAAACUACUUGUACAUUUUUUUUUCCACAAAACUUAGUGUUCUUUUUUUUAAAGUUCUAGAUAACGUAUUUAAUUUAUUCGAUGCAUACAUGCUCACUCAAGC